CGCGGGGACCAAUAGCAGUCAUUCUCUGACAACGGAACUCCACGCACACGCGAGUGAACGUCGUCGAUUCUGGAGAUAAAGAUCAUUGAGAUACUCAUAACCAACGUUUCUUUCUGAACAAGGCUGAAUUACUCUUUUAAAAUUGGCUCAGGUUUCAGCAAUAGCAUGCGUUUUUGAUGCAAGCUGCAGACCGAAACACAUCUCUUAACGUCGAGCUGCAAAACAGAAGCGAUUGUUUUCUGUGCAGUUCUAAAGUUUUGUAUUUCACCAUAAAAGAAAGAGUUAACAUUUUUUCAAAUUGCGAGAAAUGCAUAUUUAUCUGCUCUAAAUCGUGCAAAACAAAUGAAAGUAAUGUUUUCAAAAAGGAUAAAUAUUAUCAUUCUUCCUGAAACGUUUUCGGACUCGACAUUUAGAGGGCAAACAGCGUCUUGCGUUUCAUGAUAUUGCCAUUGGAUUAAAGUGUGUAUCGGGUAUCCUGGAAGACGCAUAGUUUAAACCAAACGGCGUACGAAAACAAACAAACAAACAAACAAAGAAACGGUGGAGCACAUAUAAAAAGAAACUCUCACGUUCUCGAAACAUCAGCUAUCGCAGUUUCAGGAGUUGUGUUGGUUAUGCAGCAAAACGUUGGAUUCUGAUACAAAGAAACCAACACAGCGAUGUCCUAUACCAUCUGGUCCCAUGUGUGCCCAGCGCAUGGAUGAUAGUGAGCUAGCAAUCACACUGGGAGAGAGGCUGCUGAAGGAGCCCAUCUGGAUCGGCCUCAUCGUAAUCCUCUCCGUGCUGCUGCUGUUCGGGAUCCUCUACGUCAUACGCAGGAAAUGCGGCAAGCACUUCACUUGUUGCCAGAUCGCCAAGCCUAAAGACGACAACAUUCUCAACGCCGACGGAACCAUCACCUUGAACUCGUUCCCACUGAGGAAGAUCACCCGACCGACCACCCUGUCCCCCGUCAGUUUAUCUCCGCCCAACACCCGCCCUGUCACGCCCAAGGUGAGCCUUUUCCCUUCCCAAAGGAUUAGUGUUGUUUAUGAGGCCUGCACGCACUUGGGAUAAAUAAGUCAUGAUACAAUUAUUCACGCGUGCAUGCGGACGGGAAGCGCGUACACAUCCACACAAUAAUGCGCACACACAAUUAUGAACACGCACACGUACACACAUACUCGUAUAUUAUACGCACGAGCUACCUAUUAAUAAACACACAUAUACACACAAACACGCGCGUGCACACACACACAUGCACACACAUUCACACAGAUACACGUGAAGUCUUUCUCUAUUCGCCUUCCCUUUCCCUCCCCCUUUUUUCCAUUCUAUCUCUCUUCCUCUGUCUCUCUGUCUUCCUCACGUAUACAAACGCAUCCACACGAAAACGAACACUUUCAUGCACACUAACUCAAAACCAUGCUAAUACACUAACAGUAUGUCUCUCACAUAAUCAUCUGAAAAAAA